CCCAACACCAUCGACCUGGCGUCCUUAACUCCCACUUCAGCAUCUUCUUCUUCUUCUAUAGGCCAGUCGUUUUCCCAUCGCCGGCGACGAUCUUCAACUUCAAACGUACCGCAGAACCUGUCUCUGCAAGGAGCAGACAGUGAUUCGUAUAGAUCCCCAACCUCGCGCAGCGCGCAACCCCUCCCUCCAAUUCCAGGAACUCCGAACGCAGGGAGCCCGAACAAUUCUAUGUCACUCUCGCGCAGCCCCUCGCCAAGGCCUGGGGGCGGAUGGUCGAGUCCUGGACUUACCAACCCAUACGCCACGGUCAGUGGUCGGUCGAGUCCUACGAAGACAUAUGGCGUUAAUGGUGGACCAAAUACUGUGACCUGGGAAUCAGCCAAGGCCAAGAGCAACGGAGUCAAUGGCUACCCAUCGUUCUCGACGCAAGGCAAGGGCUUCAUCAAACAACAUAUGCGAAACUUAUCCGCUAGUUUACCACGGUUCAAUAUUGGGGCAGAAAAGAGCUAUGCAGAGAAGGAGAAGCUCGGGAGAGGACGGUGGAUGCUAAGAGAGGGGACCAAGCUUGCAAAGUUGAGGAUUCUUAUAUUGAAGACUAGCAGGAAAGCGAAGAUACGGUUUCUUAUUGUCACGGCCUUCAUUUUCAUGACCAUUCUUUUCUACAUGACACCUUUACAUUACUGGUGGCGCAGAUCAAAAAUCUUUGGGGGCGGCAAAAAGUUCGUCAUUAUACUCGCAGCGAAUCAAGGGGGUGGUGUUAUGGAGUGGAAAGGACCGCGGGAAUGGGCGAUCGAGCGGGAUAGUGUGAAGAACAAGAAAAAAUACAUCAAUAGAUGGGGAUACGAUCUGGAAAUCGUGGAUAUGAGCACGAAGAAACGAUACGCACAUGAAUGGAGGGAGAGCUGGGAAAAGGUAGACACGAUCCGGAAUUGCUUGCGAAAAUACCCCGAUGCUGAAUGGUUCUGGUGGAUGGAUCUCAAUACCUUCAUAAUGGAGCCAUCCUACUCCCUUCAAUCCCAUGUCUUCAAUGACCUCGCGAAAAAUACGUACCGCGACAUCAACGAGUACAAUCCGUUAAACAUAUCUCACCCCUUCCCCUCCGACCACCUCGACCCCGAGGCACGCAGCCCGGUCGGCGACGGCAAAGCCUCGUCCAUCAACCUCAUAGUCCCCCAAGACUGCGGCGGUUUCAACUUGGGCUCCUUUUUCAUCAAGCGCGGCGCCUGGACGGACCGCCUACUUGACGUAUGGUGGGACCCGGUUGGGUACGAGCAAAAGCACAUGGAAUGGGAGCACAAAGAGCAGGACGCCCUCGAAUUCCUCUACAUCAACCAACCGUGGAUCCGACCCCACACCGCAUUCAUCCCACAACGCAAAAUCAACAGCUUCCCCGAAGGAGCAUGCUCUGAAAAUGGAAAUGACACUCAAAUUCAUUACAGCGAGAAAGAUCGGGAUUUUGUGGUUAAUAUGGCGGGGUGUGAGUGGGGACGCGAUUGUUGGGGUGAGAUGUAUAAUUUCAGGGAACUGAGCAAUUACUUAAAUCGCACGUGGUGGGAGAGGUUCAAAGAGGAUCUUGUGGCGCUCAUCUGGUUCAAGAUCACAGGGCAGAAGAUCAAAAUCUGAAGCCCUUCGCCGC